AUGUCGUCCAUGUUUGGAGCUGUCUGUUCGGGCCGUCCUAUGGAGUUGGCCCAGCAAGUGGAGCCCACCAAGUGGGUUUUUUCCAUUGCCAAUGCCUCCAAUGUUAAUCACAUAGCAGUGUUCAUACUUCCCCAGACCCAAUUCACCGAUAACAACUUCACAGCGCUAGUGUACUUCCAGCUUCCCAAUUCCACUGAUUUUAAGUUACUUGGAGGCUUGAAUCCUUCCAAACCACUGGCCAUUUUCCGUCUUAACAAUACAACAGCGAAACGUACUGAGUCACAUUUGGCAGACGACGAUGAUGCCAUGAACGACGACUCGGCGCCUCCUGCCGAUUAUGUGCUUAAUAUUGGUAUUUCUAUCGAGCCUACUCCCCAAGCAGAGGCACUCAUAGCACAGGAAAGGUCGAAACAAAAAUCCAUUCUCCCUGCCCCAACUUCGGGACCACCAGCACCUCUGCAGCCUCUGGAGAUUGCAGGUUUGGCUAACAAGAUCGUCAAGCACGCAUACAACUACUUGGGGAGUUUCAUUGAUGGCUCUGGAAAGGUUCCCAUGAAGGCUUUCGACAAUUGUCCCACCACGAAAGCACCAGCACCAGCAUUGGCCAAGUUGGCACCAUUAGAGGACGUGGCUGCAGAAGAGGAGCCAGAAGAGGAAGCUGCUGCAGACGAUGCAGCCGAGGAAGCGGUUGACGUAGAACCAGAAGCUGAAGCUGAAGCUGAUGCAACAGACGAGGCACUGGACGAGGCUGCCUCGGAUGUGGAUGUGCCCAUCACCAUGGAGGAUGUGCCCAUUACCAUGGUAGAUGAGCCCAUCACCAUGAUGGAGUCGCUGCCAGUCAUGGCAUGCGAGUGUUCGUCAUCGUGA